AUGGGCAACACCGCAUCCUGCUGCGUGUCCUCCAGCCUCAAUCUGCGGAGAAAUGCCCACUCAAGGCUGGAGUCCUACCGACCAGAGCACGACAUCAGCAGGGAGGAUACGGGCCACAACCGGCAGCACAUCAGCAACCGGGAGAAUGUUGGAGAUUCUAAUAUUGCAGCUGCCAGCGGAGACAUUCCAACGUACAAGAUCCGCAUCCCAUCGGAGUUGGCCCAUUAUAAGCCAGUGGCUACAUCACCGGCCAGCAUGCGUGGCCCUAAAGACCUGGCUGAAGAAGCCACACGAAAGAAGGAAAUGCGGCUGAUUAAAAAACGAAAAGCCGCCAAGGAGUAUCGACGCAGGAAGAACGAGUAUGUGAGGAACCUGGAAUGUCUCGUGGCCUUACUGGAAAUUGAGAACAAGGAGCUUUUCGAGGGGCUAGAAAGAGUCGAGAACGGCAUAUGUGCCCGUCGUUCAAUCUGAUGGCCGCCAACCAUUGAGACGACAGACUUUCACCAUCCAAGCUGUCACGCUGUUAGCGAUUACGCUAUAGAUAUUGGCCUUAAUUGUUCAUAAAUAAAUAGUUCAUUUACGAGAAAAAACAUUUACAUAUGAGUAUAUGGAGUUUUUAUAUUUUGUUAUUUAAUUGGUAACUUUGCACCUUUUUUUAUAGUGUUUCCUACAUCAUGUAACAUGGACUGUUUUAUACGCAACAAAUAUAUUUUUGUAAGAUAUUUAAAUUGGAUUUAUAGGAAUCUUGUAAUAAAAAAUGUUUUGCGCCCGACCAUAACUCAGGACUUAAUGUAAAAUAUUAAAUAUCAUAA